AUGGUCAAAAUGGGAUUCUGUGGGAAAUGGAUAGAGUUGAUAAUGAAGUGUGUGUCUACUGUUUCUUAUUCUGUCCUAGUCAAUGGGAAACCUAGUUGCUUAAUCAAGCCCUCGAGAGGAUUGAGGCAAGGAGACCCUUUGUCUCCCUAUUUGUUUAUCCUAUGUGCUGAGGGACUUAGUUCUUUGUUCGACAAUUCAGAUCUUAGAGGAGAGACAAGGGGUGUGACUGUUUCAAGAGGGGGUUCAAACACUAAGGAAGUUGACAAGAGAUUGAUAUUGGAGGGAGGUGGUGCAGUGUUGAGAGGGAAUUAUGAGAAUUACUUGGGGCUUCCUACUGUUGUAGGGAGUUCAAAAUAUAAUGCUUUUAGAGGCAUUAAGGAGAAAGUUUGGAGAAAAAUCAACAACAGGAAGAAUUCAUUUUUGUCUGCUGCAGGGAAAUAG